UAUAUAUUUAUUAGUAAUAACUGUGCCUUUUAUCUGUGUGUGCGGUUACACAAGUGAACACUUGGUUUUAGUGACAUUAGGGUCCUGCUAAUGUUUUCCUGUAUACAGGCCGACAGCACAAGUCUCCAGCAAGUAGACCAUGUCUGUUCUAUAGCAAACAUUCUAUUCUGCAUCCUGUGGUAUAAAAAAUGGCUCCAUCCGUGCAAAUGGAAAGAGGCGCUCGCAAGGCCGCGAAUUCGCGUUACCACGUCACACCUCGGUAUUUUAUUCAGUAAAAUUACACCGAUGACGUUUAAAGAAAAUGCUCGUUGGUUUUUCAUUGUAAUUGAAUCCAUAAUGUGACGGGCACACGUUGUGCAGAGAGCAGCUUGCUUGGCAGCGAAUAGGUUACCCGCGGCUCAGUGACUCCGUUAUCAAUUACUCUCGCCUGGCCGCCGCUGUAGCCUCCGUUGCCAGGGCAGCCGCGUCCUGCCGAUCGCCGAAUCCCGGGUGCAGGCGGAUCAUGUUCGCCUUCGUCCGCUUUUUAGAAGAUAACGUCUGCUACGCGCUGCCAGCGACCCGGGUCCGGGAAUUUCAUCCCCACUCUACAGAGGAUUUUGAUAGCCGGAGAGUGUACGCGGUGUACCGGAGCUUGGAGGAGGAGGCCGGCUUCCCUGGAGCACCGCAACAAGCGCAGAUCCUAGCACUGGCAGAAAAUAAAACUGAUUUGGAAAAUCGUGUAAUGCAGAAAAAAAUAAAAAUCCCCAAGCUAUCUCUGAACUACUCAGAACAGCCUUGGGAAUAUAAAGACUAUGAAGAUGAGGAAGACUCUGAGUUUCGACACUUUAAGAGAGCAGAUGGAAGAAAGCAAGUGGAAAGUCCUCACAAAAGUAUAGAAGCUGUUGUGGCACGACUGGAAAAGCAGAGUUUUAUAGGACCGAGUCAUAACACACGUUGUGAUGAGGUUUUUUCAGAACCUUUUCACUCUGUAGGACAUAUGGACAGGUUAGAAGCAGCUGUGGUUCCAAGGGUUUUGUAUGAAGAAUUGUUGAGGAGCUACCAACAGCAACAACAGGAAAUGAAGCACAUUCAACACGAACUGGAAAGAACUCGGAAGCAGCUAGUGCAGCAAGCAAAAAAGCUUAAAGACUAUGGUUCUCUUGUGACAGAGGUGAAGGAGCUUCGAGUCCUCAAUCGGAGGCUCCAGGACGUGCUACUUUUAAGGCUGGGCAGCGGUCCCACAAUUGAGCUGCAGAUCGAUAAGUCAGACUACUGUGAUCCUGAGCCCGAGCCCGAGCCUGAGCCUGAAAUUCAGAAGAUAAGCAAUGAAGAGGCAAGCACCUCCUCUUUCUUCUCUACACCAGCUCCUGUGCUGGACAAAUAUAUUCUAGAAAAUGGAAAGGUCCACCUUGGCAGUGGUGUGUGGGUGAAUGAAGAAAAAUGGCACCAACUUCAGGCAACACAGGGAGACUCCAAAUAUACAAAGAAUUUGGCUGUAAUGAUUUGGGGCACAGAUGUACUAAAAAACCGCAGUGUCACUGGUGUGGCAACCAAAAAGAAGAAAGAUGCAGUUCCCAAACCACCACUCUCCCCUCACAAGUUGAGCGUAGUCAGAGAAUGCAUGUAUGAUAGAAUUGCGCGAGAGACUAUGGAUGAAAAUGAAAUUGCACAAAGGCUAUCCAAAGUCAACAAAUAUAUCUGCGAGAAAAUAAUGGAUAUCAACAAGUCUUGUAAAAAUGAAGAGAGGAGAGAAGCAAAGUAUAAUGUGCAAUAAACAUUGACUAUUUUA